UAUUGUGUAACAGACAUGGGUUUGCUCUAUGCCCAUGCAUGAAGGCAGCUCUGGAUCACGAAUAUCUUCAGCUCUCUCAAUGCUCAACACAUAGAAAGAUCUGGCUCAGUGAAAGGACUUUACCCACAUUAGGUCUGAUCCUCCAGCCCUCGGAGGUUGCACCUGCAGGGCAGCAGCCAUGAGCCUGGUGGCCUGCGAGUGCCCACCUGGCCCUGGCCAGGAGCCUGAGCCCUGCUCACGAGCACAGUCCCAGGCCCGCCUGUACCUAGAGCAGAUUCGCAACAGAGUGGCUCCAGGGGCACCUGACAUGACCAAGCGAGACUACCUGGUGGAUGCAGCCACGCAGAUCCGGCUGGCCCUGGAGCGCGAUGUUGGUGAGGACUACGAGGCAGCCUUCAACCACUACCAGAAUGGCGUGGACGUUCUGCUACGAGGCAUGCACGUCGACCCCAACAAGGAGCGAUGUGAGGCUGUAAAGCUGAAAAUUACCAAGUACCUGCGGCGGGCAGAGGAGAUCUUCAACUGCCACCUGCAGAGGACACUGGGCAGCGGAGCCAGCCCUGGCACGGGUUUCAGCAGCCUGAGGCUCCGGCCCAUCCGCACAUUGAGCUCUGCCCUGGAGCAGCUGAGGGGCUGCAGGGUGGUCGGGGUCAUCGAGAAGGUGCAGCUGGUCCAGGAUCCAGUGACUGGAGGGACCUUCGUGGUGAAGAGCCUGUCCAGAUGUCACAUGGCGAGUCGGGAGCGGCUCACCAUCAUCCCGCAUGGUGUCCCCUACAUGACCAAGCUGCUGAGGUACUUCAUGAGUGAGGACUCCAUCUUCCUGCACCUAGAACAUGUGCAAGGAGGCACGCUCUGGUCCCACCUGCUCUCCCAGGCGCGCCCCCAACAGUCUGGGAUCAGGUCUGGCUCCAGCCUGGAGGGGAUGAAGGCUCAGCUCAACUCUCGCCUCAGCCUCCGGACCUCAGUGCUGCCGCUGCCAGGCCACACCCGCCUGCAGGACACAGUGCCCCUGGAGUCUCCUUGGACUUGUUGGAGCCUUUCCCUGGCCAGGGAGGCCCCACCCAUCAGACCCCAGACAGAGGCUGAAGGCAAACCCUCAGCCAGGACCAGCACUUCCUGCUCCUUGGACCUUCCAAAGGCCCCAAGCAGCCGCCUGCGCCUCCAGUCCCAGCAAGGACCUGGCCAGAACUCAGACACGGGUUCCCCUCGGGGGCUCCCUUGGGUUCGAGAGGGUGCCGGCCGGGUGCUGGGGCGCUGUGGCCGCGGUGGCAGUCAGAGCUGCCCCUCAGCGUCUGGCGGGGCCGCCUGGAGUGUGAGGGAGGAGCAGGUGAAGCAGUGGGCCGCUGAGACCCUGGUGGCCCUGGAGGGACUGCAUGAGCAGGGGGUGCUGUGCCGGGACCUCAAUCCCCGGAACCUGCUCCUGGACCAGGCAGGUCACAUUCGGCUCACGUAUUUUGGCCAGUGGUCAGAAGUGGAGCCCCAGUGCUGCAGGGAGGCGUUGGACAACCUCUACAGUGCCCCAGAGGUGGGUGGGAUUUCUGAGCCGACUGAAGCCUGUGACUGGUGGAGCUUUGGGUCCCUACUAUAUGAAUUGCUGACUGGAACGGCCCUGUCCCAGAGCCACCCCUCGGGAAUCCAGCCCCACACCCAGCUCCAGCUGCCCGAGUGGCUCAGUCGCCCAGCGGCCUCCCUGCUGACUGAGCUACUGCAGUUUGAUCCCAGCAGGCGCCUGGGCACUGGAGGAGGCGGUGUCAACAGACUCAAGUCCCACCCCUUCUUCAGUACUAUCCAGUGGAGCAAACUGGUGGGGUAAAUGGGGGUGGAGUGGGCAGUGGAAGUAGCUGGACUGGUCUGGAUCUUCUCUCUUCUUUUCUCCUGUCAUCCUGUCACCCCGAGCUGACCUCUCUAAUCAGUGGCCCUCGGCAAAGAAUGCAGGAUGCAGGUCACCUGCCUUUCCUGCUUUGACCCCUCCCUUGGGCCUCAGAAGCAAUCACCACCACUG